AUUGGUCUCGAGGGCGAGUCGUCCGAGUCAUCAUCAUCGAAUCAGGCGUGGCGAAAGAUAUAUCCCGAUCAUAAUGAGACACCAAUACCACCUGCAUCGUCUCCUACUCGACACAAAUCUACCAACCAAUGGAAGCCGGAUGACUUCCUCAGACGCAGGAGACGCCAACUUUGA